AUGGCAACUACUACACGUGUUCCCUUUGUUUCCGCUACCACACGUUUUCCCAACCAAUGCCAUAAAUACUCCCUACUUGCACCGUCAAUUCCUUUACCAGUUUCUUCUUCCUCAUUAACCAUUUCAUCUUCUUCUUAUCCUUGUUAUUCUACCUCAUCUCUUUCACUUCCAACAUCAAGAACUCUUAAGGGUGUGAAGAGAGUUGGAGUUAGAACAAGUUCUGUUGUUGCUAUGGCUCAAUCUUCAAAGACUACUGUGCUUGUUACUGGUGCUGGUGGUCGCACAGGGCAAUUGGUUUAUAAGAUAUUGAAAGAGAGGUCAGACCAAUAUGUUGCUAGAGGGUUUGUUAGGACAGAAGAAAGCAAGCAGAAAAUCGGUGCUGCUGCUGAUGUUUUUGUUGGUGAUAUAAGAGAUGUUGAAACUCUUGUUCCUGCGAUUCAAGGUAUUGAUGCUCUCAUUAUACUGACAAGUGGAGUACCCUUGAUGAAACCUGGAUUUGAUCCAACACAAGGGAAUAGACCCGAGUUUUAUUUCGAUGAUGGUGCAUACCCCGAACAGGUUGACUGGCUUGGGCAGAAAAAUCAAAUCGAUGCUGCUAAAGCUGCAGGAGUAAAGCAGAUUGUGUUAGUAGGAUCUAUGGGCGGAACAGACCUUAAUAAUCCUUUGAACAGUUUGGGUAAUGGGAACAUAUUGGUUUGGAAAAGAAAGGCUGAGCAAUAUCUGGCCGAUUCUGGUGUUCCAUAUACGAUUAUAAGGGCUGGUGGCUUGCAAGACAAAGAGGGAGGUAUCCGGGAACUCCUCGUUGGGAAGGAUGACGAGCUUCUAAAGACUGAAACCAGAACUAUAGCUAGACCUGAUGUUGCAGAAGUCUGCAUCCAGGCACUAAAUUUUGAGGAGGCUAAAUUUAAGGCAUUUGACUUGGCAUCUAAACCCGAGGGAAAAGGUUCACCAACAAAGGACUUUAAGGCUUUGUUUUCCCAGAUUACUACUCGUUUUUGA